UAUGAAAGAAAAUAAGGAUGAAAAUGACGCGGGUCGAACAUGGCCGGAAUGAGCCAAUAUAAAAGAUGCCAGCAGUAGCCUAUCAUGAUACAAAAAGUAAAGAAACACCUACUGUCCGAGCCACUGACUCUGUUUCACAAGAAUAUUCGUAAACACAAGUAUGAGACAAGGCAGCAGUUUACGGAGCAUGUCAAUCUAAUUGUUAACAAUUGCAUCACUUAUAAUGGAUUCAACUCUGAAUUAACAAAAACUGCCCAAAGGAUGUUGGAAAUGUCUAACAAAGAAAUAAAUCAAAACAGUCAAGCUCUUGAGAAACUAGAGCAUGAGAUUAAUCCACUGCUGGGAGAUGAUCCACAAGCUGCUCUGUCCUUCCUCUGUCGUAAAUCCAUUGAAAGAAUGAAAGCAGUACCUAAUGUGAGUGGUAUGAGACUUAGUUUUUCAUUCAUAAUACAUUGUACACAGUAUACCUCAUAA